AUGGCGCCCGUGCAUCGGCGACCUGGAGAUCCUCCUCCACGAUACGGAGCACAAGAGGAGGUUUUUACCGUAGAAAUCAACUAUGGUGGAUUUUUCUGCGGAUUUGGCCGAUCGAAGACGUAUGUCGAUGGUAAAGUUGCUCUGUUCGAUGGUUGCGAAGUAGAUACAUGGUCUCCUCUCUGGCUCACUGAUUUUAUGCAGCAACUGGGAUAUAGUGACCAAUCUAAGCAUGUUAUUUACUGGUUACUGCCUGGAAAGAAUUUAGCCGGCGGACUGCGGAUUGUGGACUGUGACACUGACACUUUGCACAUGACAGCAGUUGUUCCAAAAUUCCAGUUGUUUCAGUUGUUUGUUGAUCACAAAGAUAUGGCCUUUGACAAUGUAAUGGAUGAUAUUCAUGUUAGUGGUACACCUAAGCUACCUCUUGUACUAAGCCCUAAAUCUCAUGGGUUUAGCAGCGGAAUAAGAGGAAGUCCCAGGUUUAAGGUGAAAGCUCACAAAGGCAGACUGAACCAAUGUCAUGCAGGCAGCAGCAAUGAAGGGAGUAGCAGUGUUCCACCAGUGGGACUAAAUGUUGGACAUGAGCUUAGAAGAAGCAGGAGGAAACUUGUGGUAGAAGAAGAAAUCCCCAAUGAAAAUGACAGUGACAGUGAUAGUGAUGACAGUGAAUGGGAUUCAGACUGGGUAGACUCUGACAAUGAAGUAGGCAAAAAUGAUGAUGAUCUAUAUGAAGAAUGGGUUGAUGAAAAAUUUGAGAAGAAAAAAAAGAAGAAAUCUGAAUGGGAGCAGGACAGUGACUAUGAUACAGAUGAACUGCAGGAGCUACAAGGUUCAGAGCUUGAAGAUAGUGAUUCAGCAGAGGAAGUGGAAGUAGUAGAUGCACAAGGAAGGAAAAAAAUGAAAAAGAAAGUGAAGCUGAAAAGGUGGAGGCCUGAGAACAUGAAAGAAGUCAAUUUUCACAUAGGCAUGGUGUUCUUGUCUGUCAUUGAACUAAGAGCAGCAAUUCAGGAGUACAUUGUGAAGCAAAGAGUGCAAAUUCAUUACAUAAAGAAUGAUAAGCAGAGGAUAAGGGCAGGUUGUGUUGGAGAUUGUCCCUGGUUCUUAUUUGCUGCACCUGACAGCAGGACCAAAGCAUGGGUUGUGAAGAAGUAUGUGGGUGAGCAUACAUGUGAAAGAGAGUGGGCACUGAAGCAAUUUACAGCAAGAUAUUGUGUGAGGCAUCUGCAUCAAAACUUUGCAAAAAACUGGAAAGGUGAUGUAUUCAAGAAUAAAUUGUGGCAAAUUGCAAGAGCUACACAUGAGGCAGACUGGAAGAAGUACAUGCAAGAGAUGAAAGAGUUGGACCAGGGGGCCUAUGAGUACUUGGAUGCAAUUGACCCAAGGCAGUGGUGCAAGGCCUAUUUUCAUGAACUCCCAAAGUGUGAUUUGCUUCUUAACAACAGCUGUGAAGUGUUCAACAAGUAUAUACUUGAUGCCAGAGAAAUGCCUAUAGUUACUUGUCUUAAGAAGAUCAAGGACCAAUUAAUGACUAGGUUUUAUAGCAAGAAUCUGGAAUCUGAGGAGAUGUGUGGUCAAAUUUGUCCAAAAAUUAGAAAAAAACUGGACAAAAAUAUUAACAUGUCCAACAACUGCACUGCAUUACCAGCUGGACAACACAUAUUUCAUGUUAAAGGCAUGGUUGGGGAGUAUGAUGUGAACAUACAGAAGGAGGAGUGUUCUUGUAGGGCAUGGCAGCUCUCUGGAAUUCCAUGUAGACAUGGAGUUGCAUGUUUAAGACAUGAAAGAAUUAAACCAGAGGAUGUUGUCAACAAGUGCUACAACAUAGAUGCUUUCAGAGCUGCUUAUGGCAAGAUCAUAAUGCCAUGUAGUGAUCCUAGAGUGUGGCCUAAAACUAAUGGGCCUCAAAUGCUGCCACCACACUAUGAGAAGAAAGUUGGUAGGCCUGGAAAGAAGAGAAAGAAGAACCCACUAGAGGAGGACAAUGGAACUAGGAUGAGCAGACAUGGCAUUAUUGGACACUGCAGUGUGUGCAAUCAACCAGGACACAACAAAAGAAAGUGCCCUGAACUAGGUAGAGGACAACCAACAGCAGCACAUGAGGCAGGAGCAGAACAAGAUCCAGCAGCAGAACAAUAUCCAGCAGCAGAAGAGGAAGCAGCAGAACAUGUGCAAACAACAGAACAUGUGCCAAUUCAGGUUGUGCUUCCAGAAACACAACAAAGAACUAAACUACCAGUCAAGAGAAGGCCCAGUUGCAAGGUGCAUUUCCCUUAA